AUGGCGCGCUGUGCCUCGUCCGCGAGCGCCGUCCAGAGCUGCACUGACAGUCGUCAUCAAGCGGGCAAAGUCGGCCAGUCGGAAGGGCUGUCACGGGCGGAGCUCGAGGUGAAGCUGCUUAAGGCGGUGAGCCACCCGCACCUGCUGCCGCUGCUCGGCUACUGCCUCUCGCCCGACGGCAUCUGCCUCCUCUCGCCACUGAUGCGCGGCGGCUCGCUCGAGGCGCGGCUGCGCAUCUCGGAUCCCGACCGAGCGGCGCAGCUCCCCGGAGGCUGGGCAUGGCGGAGACGGACGGCUACGCCAUUGGCAUCACCCAGCCUCCUCGUCUGCCUCACCAACCGGACCGAGGUGCAGCUGACCGACCGGUGCGAGGAGGAGUUUGACGAACUCUGGACCAACAUCGACGCGUCCCAGAUCGCAGACGCGGCGGCGGGGUGGACCGAACUUUCUGCGCGCGCGGUGCGCGGCAUGCGCACGUCCGGCGACGCGCAGGCGCGCAUCCAGGGCAACAUGCUGCUCGCCUUCAACACGCUGAUGCCGCGCCUCGACCGCGUCUACGCCUCGCGCUCUGCGGCGGCGCCCGACGGCUUCGAGGAGCGCAUCGGCGUGGUCGGACGCCCCCUUAUCGGUUAUCGGAAGCGGUUGAUGGACAAUGCCGAUGACGAGGGCCACACUCCGCAGCAGGAGCGCUCCGACCGAGCUGCCAAACACCGGAAACACAGCAUGAUCCUCUACCGGAAGGGCGCCUCCCUGCGCGUGCUCGUCCGCUUCUCUGGCUCCGUCCUCCCCUCGGCCGCGCUCGUCGCGACUUACUCCGCAGUCGUGGCCGUGCUCCUCCAGAUCUACGUGCCCGAAAAGUCGCUCGACAAGAUCUUCGACGACCCCUACCCGUUCCAGCCGGUGGCGCACAUCGUCGGCGUCGCAAUCGUCUUCGCCACAAACGUCGCGUACCUGCGCUACUGGGAGUCGUGUUCCUCUGUCACAUACAUGUCUGCGCGCUGGGGCGACGCCGUCGCCACCGCGCUUUCUUUUGACGAGCUGCGCCGCGGCGGCGAGCCGGCCGACCCCGUCGAGAGGAGGGCCGCGUGGCGCGAGCGGCGCCUGUCGCAGGCGUCCAUCCUCCACCUCGCCUCGCUGCUCCACGGCCUCGCGCUCCUCUACCUCCGGCGCGACUCCCAGGGCGACGUCGCCUCCCUCAUGCACGCCGACAGCGCGGACUACCCCGACGCAGACGCGGCCAAGAUCGAGGACAUCCCCUUCCCUUGGCCGUACGCCCAAGUGAUCGCCUUCCUGCUCUGCGUCUUUGCGUCGGUGCACGUGGCGAGGUGGAGCCUCGCCGACGGCGCCGACGCGGACCGCAUGACGCAGCUGCUGCAGAGCUGGGCCUUCCUCCCGGCCGCGGUCGCCUUCUUCUCCGUCCUCGCGCACACGGGCAUGUGGAACACGGCGCGCAUCCUCGAGGACCCGUUG